UCUUACCGUUUAUCACACUUUCUAAUGUGAUCCUUCGUCUGGCGGGAUACAGCAAAUUCACAAAACAAAUUCAUCCCUCAGUCUCUCCUUCAGCGGAGCAUGUGCUACACCUUGACGAAACUAGCAUUUACGAAUUGUUUGGCUCGCAAAAAGGCAUGUAUGAAUUCGUCUCGGAAAACGGCCAUCCAAUCCAAUCACUGGUGUGGAAGCGCGGAAGUAUCCCAUUGGUGUCAUUGCAUCCAUAUUUGAUUUGGGACAGAUCCAUAAGAUAUGCAAAGGCUAUGGAUGGGCAUUCAAACACCGCAUUUCAACGAAUGGACACGUGGCCAUUUUACAAGGAGCACGAAUAAACCACCAAUGCUAUGACAUGAUUUCAAGAUACGACAAACGUCAUGAACAUAAGAAAGCACAACUCACUCCCGCGACGGUACAAAACGACGAAACCAAGAAGCAGAUCGACUCCUUGAGCGAAACAAUCAACAGCCUGCAAAAACGUCAAAAGCAGAUCGUGACAACCAGAGGAAAGGUCCAAAAGGAGAUGAGAAUUUUGAAGGACCAAUUCUAUCAUAACCGUUCUGAUGAAAAUCAUACAAGUUGGCAAGACAAGAAGGCUGCGGUUCGUAGGGAGAAUUAUACUCUUCUGGAAUGCAGGAAAACUUUAUGCAAGGCAAAGAACAAGCGUUAUCUAUUGCAACGACAGCAAAUACCCACUGAGGGAAAUAAACGUGAUACAGUGCCUGCAGUAGCCUUUCCUCAAUGCAUGGAUGAAGCGCAACGAAUGGAUAUCAGCCAGUUACAGCAUGCCGUAACUUUUUCCGGAACGGAUUACGGACUCAAGACAAUGUCAGUGACAGUGCCAUUGAAUGUGUCGACCAUCAGCAGGCAUUUGCGCCUAUAUAACAGAUAUGCUUGCCUCGAAUCUUGCGCCGAUGUCGAAACAGAAGAUGCUCUCAGUGAUUCUGAACUGCUGCUUCCGAAACCAGUUAAAAUCAGUGCCAAACAUAUCAAAGAAGUAUCGUUUUCCAGAAGGCACCGAAGAAGACGUGAGAAGUUGAAGAAGGUAUUGUUUUUUUUUUCUUUUUUGCUACACUGAAAGGAUAGAUGACUAACCUAAAAAAUAGAUGUCUUCUUCGAUCGAAAGCGCUGAGAAAUUGUUAAGCCAAGACCCGAUCUGGAGUGCUUGGACGCAGAAGGAAGCAUUGAGUAGUCAAGGUAUGUAGAGGUUCUUGAAUCAAGUGGAUGCACUGAAGUCACACUGGU